CCGAAAGCCCGGAAGCCCAACUCUGCAUCCUCUCCAUCCCUCGUCACUCGUCAGUGCCAACCGGCGGCGGACUCCGCGACGCCGUCAUCUCUCCUUCACCGACCACCUGCUCCCAACUCUCGACGGGACGGCUACCCGCCACCCUGUUCCCGCCAUCCCUCCGCUUCGGGCCACAGAUUACGCCGCUGCGUCUUGAGUCGCUGACGAGGGCCGACUCGGGAACCCUGGCCCGGCCGCCCUCUUCCAGUGCAGCCGCCCCUCGCCUCGUGCGCUCCCCGCCGGGAGCCGAUCCUCUCCCUUUACCGUCGAGCUCUAUCUAACCUGUAAGGUAUGUCCCAUCGGUCAGACACGCCAUCCUGCUCGGAUGAUUCCGAUGACAGCACUACCAUUGACCCAACCGGCUUAUACACUAUGGACGAUUUCAUUUCUGAACAAGGCAUCUUCCACAGUUUGCUUGAGCAGAUCAAUGUGAAGAUUCAGGCCAAAAUCAAGCCUCAGCAAGCUAGUACAUCUCGCCGUCGCUUUGCCAGUAGGAAGUACAUAGAGAGAAAUCGUGAAGAGGGCCAUGAACAACUCAUAGCUGAUUACUUUGCUGAGCAUCCAAUCUACACUGACAAACAAUUCCGUACAAGGUACAGGAUGAGGAGACCCCUCUUUCUACGUAUAGUCCGUGCCUUGGGAGAGUGGUCCCCCUAUUUCAGAGAAAGGAGAGAUGCCCUUAAUCGUCCAGGACUCACGCCUCUACAGAAGUGCACAGUAGGUAUUCGUAUGUUAGCAUUGGGGUCCCCCUCUGGCAUUACUGAUAAAUACAUACAGAUUGGUUUCAGCACAGUAAUUCACUGUUUCGAGCAGUUUGUGGAAGGGGUGAUUGACAUGUUUGGUGGAGAAUACUUGCGGAGCCCCACUAGCGUGGAUAUGCAACGUCUACUACAAAUGGGUGAGACCUGUGGGUUCCCUGGCAUGUUGGGAAGCAUUGGUUGUAUGCGCUGGGAGUGGAAAAAAUGCCCAGUUAAAUGGGUGCGUCGUCUUACUCAUAGUGAUCACGGAGUCGUUAAAAUCAUCCUUGAAGCAGUUGCUUCACAAGACCUCUGGAUAUGGCAUGCUUUCUUUGGUGCUGUUGGGUCUCAGAGUGACAUGACCGUGCUGAAUCAAUCACAGUUGUUCACCGAUAUCUUGAAAGGUCAAGGUCCUGAUGUGCAAUUCACUGUCAACAGGAGGCAAUACAGUAUGGGUUACUAUCUUGCUGACGGAAUAUACCCAGAAUGGCCCGUCUUCAUUAAGACAAUACCCCUCCCUCAAACUGAAAAGGAUCGAUUAUUUGCACAAUAUCAAGAAGGAGCAAGGAAUGACGUCCAACGUGCAUUUCGACUCCUAGAAUCACGUUUUCCCAUCGUGCACGGGCCAACAAAAUAUUUUCCAAAGGAAACUCUAGGAAAAAUCAUGCAAGCUUGCAUCAUACUUCAUAAUAUGACACUUGAGGAUGAGAAAGAUAUGGCAAGUUUUUGUUUUGACUCGAAUGAGACAUCUGAGACAUCGGUUGCUCCACUGUCAGACAUGAACGAUGGAUCUGCUCAUUAUUUUGCUGAUUUACUACAGAGAAAUGCAACUAUUUCUACAAAAUCAACAGAUAACCGACUCCGAAGAGACUUAAUAGAGCAUGUCUGGCAGCGCUUUGGGCCAUUUGGCGAGAACUAAAACAACCAGUUCUAGUGUAUGGCUGUAUUUGUAGGGAGUGCUCAGGCUUUGGCUAUGCUCUCUAUGGAAUUGGAGUCCUAGAAAUUUAGGACUGACUGUGCAUACAAAGCAGCUGAAUCAGCGGUUCCGGGAUGAUCAGAACCGAUGUUGUGGUCCCAUUGACUACCGAGAUAUUCCUCUGCUUAUGUGCCUGGAGCCAACAAGAGAUAUAUCUUUGAUGUGCUGGUGCCUAUUCAGACUCUUGAUUAGAUUUCUUUUUAGCUCCUCCUGAGGCCCUGCGCAUUGUCCUCUUCUAUGUGAUCAGCAAGAGAGUAGCAUGGCAGAAAUCAACUAACCCGAGACUUUCUGUCCGUGUACCCGUCAUAUGUUCCUCCCGCAGCUGCCUGCUCUGUUCCUCUCUGAUGCAUCUCUGUCUCGUGGUAAUCUUGCUUCAGGCUUCUUAUUAUUCCAAGAAACUUAUAAGAAUUGUGAGAGUCCAUCUGUUGCACCAGGGUUUGUGGUGUGUCAUCCACCUUUAGUAGCCCCAUUAUAUGUUUUGUGAUAUUCUGCAUAAAAGUGUGGACAUAAGCACAACAUCUAUAUAUCAUGCAUGUGUCAGUUAUUUGACUGA